ACACCUUCGCUUGCGUGCAAUCCUUGCAUCGCACGCGAUCCCGCUUGUGUCGCUGGCACCUUCCUCUCUGAUAAUAUGAUGUUCCCGUAAUCUUGCGGCGAACACGAAGAAACCAGUCAAAAGCCGGGCGCCGGGGUGCUUGGGUUUCUUGGCAACGACGACCCAAUGUCUUGACAACUGCCUCUUCUGGCAGCUGCAUAUCGGGUGCACAUUAGGCGGGCAUGUACGACCAGAACUACAUAAACUGCGGCAGCGCGGCGGGAACUUGCGUGCUUGAACGCCCCUCUUGUCUCGCAAGUCGUGUUGUUUCUUACGAUGCGUUCAUUCACGAUCAUUGCUGCGGCUCUGCCGUUUGUCCAGGCCAUUGACCCUCCGAGACAGCCUCAUCAACCACUCGGUAGCAGCAACUCUACCUUGCGUCUUAAUUACAACAUCACUACCGAUGCGCCUGGUCGGUUGUCUGCCUCUACCAGGGCUUUCAGCUGGGUCAGCACUGGUGCGGAUGGAGACUACAUUUACACUGGCGCUGAUGGGUCGUUCCUGUUCGAGAAUGUCGCGACUGGCGAUUCUUCGACAUUUUUGUCAGCUGAUAAGGUCCCGGCUGAUUACUGGGACUUCUUCAUUUCUGGAGACGCCAGUCACGUUCUGUGGGCCGUAAACUAUACGAAAGAGUACAGGCACUCUUAUUAUGCGGACUACCUCAUUCAAAACGUUGAAACCGGAGAGACCGUUUCCCUCGAUCCUGAGUCUAACGGCACGAUUCAAUACGCUGAAUGGAGCCCCGUUUCAUCUUCUCAGGUUGCGUUUGUCAAAGGCAACAACCUUUAUAUCUGGAAUGACGGCAAUAUCACCCAGAUCACCGAUAAUGGAGGUCCAGACUGGUUCAAUGCCGUCCCUGACUGGGUUUACGAAGAGGAGAUCUUCGGUGACCGCUAUGCUCUGUGGUAUAGCCCUGACGGCGAGAAGAUCGCUUUCUUGAGCUUCAACGAGACUGGUGUUGGUUCAUUCCGAAUCCCCUACUACAUGGACGAUGCUGAAGUAGCUCCUGUCUAUGCUCGCGAACUGGAGCUGCGUUACCCCAAGGUCGGCACGAAGAACCCGACAGUUGGCUUCAAUCUGCUCGAUGUGGCGUCUGGCGAGGUCGAGACAGUUGCCAUUGAUGCUUUCCCUGAAGACGACCUCGUUAUUGGUGAAGUAAACUGGCUCACGGAUGCUCACAGCAAGGUUGUCUACCGUGCAUUCAACCGUGUGCAGGAUCUUGAGAAGUACGUUGUUAUCGACGUCGAGGCAGGUACUUCCUCGAUCAUUCGCGAGCGCGAUGGCACCGACGGCUGGCUCGAGAACCUGAUUGCGACUCGAUACCUUGGCGCUGUUCAAACCGCAAAUGCCACAUACGGCAAUGGUACCGAGUACUAUCUUGAUCUCUCUGACGAGAGUGGCUGGAAUCACAUUUACUUGUUUCCAGUCACGGGUGGCGACCCGGUCGCUCUAACCUCUGGCGAAUUCGAAGUACUCGCUGUCUUGAAGGUUGAUGCCAAGCGCGGUCUCGUGUACUUCACCUCCACCGAGCACCAUAGCACCGAGUCGCAUGUGUACUCGGUAAAUUUCCAGACGGGUGAAAAGAAGGCGCUUGUGGACGACAGCAUUUCCGCUUUCUGGACCGCGUCGUUCUCAUCCGGAGGAUCCUACUACGUUCUACGCUACGCCGGACCCGAUGUUCCGUACCAAGAGCUCUACUCUGUCAACUCGACUGAGCCAGUACGUACCAUCGUUGACAACAAGGCUCUUUACGGAAAUCUUACAACUUAUAACUUGCCCAACAUCACCUACCUGGAUCUCGAGCACCCGGAUGGCUUCACGCUCGAUGCUAUGCUACGCCUACCUCCCAAUUUCGACUCUAGCAAGAAGUACCCGCUCGUCCUUAUCCCCUAUGGUGGACCCAAUGCCAAGGAGGUGCACAAGCAAUUCAGUCCUUUGAACUGGAAAGCCUACAUCGCAUCCGACUCUGAGCUCGAGUAUAUCACUCUGACCGUCGACAACCGUGGUACCGGACGAAAGGGCCGCGAGUUCCGUUCCACCGUCACCAAGAAUCUGGGAGAUCUUGAAGCUCAGGAUCAGAUCUGGGCUGCUAAGGAGCUUGCGAAGAAUUCUUGGGUCGACAGCGAGCACAUCGGAAUCUUCGGUUGGUCGUACGGCGGCUACCUUUCCUCAAAGGUCGUUGAAGUCGGUGACGAUAUCAUCUCAUUCGCCCUCAUUACCGCACCUGUCAGCGACUGGCGCUUCUACGACUCCAUCUACACAGAACGCUACAUGAAACUGCCCGAGGACAACGUCGAGGGCUACAACAAAUCUCGCGUGCACGACGCCACUGGAUUCAAGACCAUCGCUGGUGGUGUUGUGAUCCAACACGGCACUGGUGACGACAAUGUGCAUUUCCAGAACUCGGCGGCACUUGUCGAUCUAUUGAUGGGUGCUCGUGUUACACCAGAGAAGAUGCAAAACACCUUCUUCACUGACAGCGACCAUAGCAUUGUGUACAAUAAUGGCGGUAAAUUCUUGUACAGACAAUUGACGAAGAAGCUCUAUGAUGAGAAGCACAGGGAAGGUGAUUCGAAGGGAAGCCAUCAGUGGAGCAGGAGAGAUCUGCAGAAGAACUGGGUCGCAUAACUGCAUUCCUUCCUUCAUUGAAUAUCAAUAAAUCCAACUGAUCUGGCACUUCCUGCUCAAUCUGCCUUUAGACAUCACAUGUUGCCAUCUUGGUUCUGUUCUGUCGUGUGUGAUAUUCGAAUUGAGCGAGCGCCGGCGUACCAAUCAAUCAAGGGAUACGGAUCGGAACGGUUCAGUGACAUUCUCUUCACGCUGAGCAAUUGCUACGAUAUUCCGUUCU